AUGAUUGUCUUGUUACCGAUAUAUAAAGGAAGUGACCCUAUACAAGAUUUUCAUAAGUACUACUAUACUCCAUGUGAUAAAGAAUAUACUUUUUUCCAUUCUGUUCCUAAUGUGGAUACUUCCAGUUUGGGUGUACAAGAUUGUGGGUUGUGUGAACAAUCAUUUGCAUACCAAAGUUUGCCAUUCAGUAAUUUGGUUUUACUUGUGAUAGAUGUAACUAAUUGUGAUUGUAUCUCCAAUACAACAUCAUUUGAACCCAAGAAAAAGGUUUACAAUGAUACUGAUUUAUGGCAAAGGUUACGUGCACAGAGUCAUCGUAAAAGACCAUUGUCUUGUCAUUCUAUAUCUGAAUAUGAGGAUUCUAGUAACUGUGGUGCAGGUACCAGCAUACAGCCAUCAUUCCUGUUAAUUCUUAUGGCAUUGUGUUAUACAUGGAAGUGUUUAUACUGCUAUGAACACAUGCAAUAG